AUUUUUUAUUUAACACGCAUACGGUAGCGCAUACUUUGAUUUUAAUUUUUCUUCAUGGAUGCUUAAAAUAUUGUGCUAAAUUUAAAAUUCAAAUUUAAGUUUCACAUUUUUGUGCGCCUCGCUGGGAAAACUUGAUAACUUAAUAGUCUCUUAUCGAUACUUUUCUACAAAUUUGUGUUGCCAAUGCAGCUCUCGUACAGAAUUUGGUCACACUCUACCAAGUUGCGAAAAAAAUUGGGGGAAAACAUUAGAUAGGAAUCGCAAAUAUGCUUAUCAAAUAAGGCACCAAUUGCAUGAGAAGGAUGAGUCUCAAUCUAGGGGGCUGGAUACACAGUUUUACUGUGACAGACACUCAGGAGCACAAGGGAGGAUACACAAUUUAUAAAAUAACUUCGAUUGUCUUCCCUCGCUCGGUGCCACAGGCUCUGACAUGCCUGGUAGUGUGGAAACGAUUUCAUGAUGUGAAAAGGCUUCACAGAGAAUUAAGCCGACGCCACAAAAGCCUGCAACUGCCGGGAAAGUUGCCCGUACCCACGGACAGCAGCUUCUUCAAACGAUUCGAUGCGGUGGUCAUUCAACGUCGAAAGGAGUACAUCCUGCAGCUGCUUGACUUUGCGGCGCAGCAUCCGGCAUUGUACAAAUGCGCUACCUUUACUCAGUUCUUUCAGGAGCAACCUUCACCAAACGGUUCGCCUCUUAAAAAGCUGUACGUAGAGAGAUCUUUGAGGCUGGGGAGUGAGAACAGCUGCAAUGCAUCCAUAGGAAAUGGGGGUGCCGGUGCCUUAGCCGAUAUUUGCGAGACACUUGAUCUGCGCUACGAGGCAUGUGAUGCCGACGAAACAUCACCGGAUCCGCGCGAUAAGGAUAAGGCAAGAGUAAAGGAAGUCGAGCUUAAAGCAGAACCGAAAUCUAUGGCUCAGUCCAUGCAGGAUGAGAUUUCCAAUAAGCGGGACUAUUUGCGCCUUCUGACGCCUAUGGCAUCAAUUGAAAACGAAGAUAGUGACUACAUAUACGAAGCGGCCCUCGAGUUCAGCCAUGCCGUCCAGGCGGAGGUCAAUUUGGAGUAUGCAGAAGCCCAUCAUCAUUACAAGCAUGGCGUGGAUCUUUUGCUUAAUGGAUCAAAACAAGAUGCCAACGAGGAGAGGAAGUUUAUAGCCAAGGCCAAGAUAGCAAAGUAUUUAGCCCGUGCGGAGGAGAUCCACGCCAAUUUUUUGGCGGCAAAUCGCCUAACGAAGAAGCUGCAAUUUCAGCUCUCUCUUGAUUUGACCGAUAAUGGUUGUAUUGAGCAGUUGGAGUGCCCUUGGAACCAGCUGGCCCAGUACAAGGUGCUUCAGGUGCUGCAUGAACGGGUUAUGCUAGUUCAGUGCGUGACAAAGCCUCAGCAACCCGCGGCAGUCAUGAAAGGCAUUGAAAAGCCUGCUAGUCAUUCGCUUACUCAAAGCAUAUUUCUGCCUCAGAAAGUGCCGUAUAUGGUUCAAUUACUGGCCUAUUUUCAGUCUGAGCAAAAGAUAUUUUUGCUCUUACGACAUGCAGAAGGCGGCAGACUAUACGACUAUUUGCAGAGCUACACCCCUACAGGUAGCAAGAGUGUCAAUUACGGAGAGCUUUUUCCGGUGGAGACCCAGGAGGAGCAGCAACAUCUUACUGCCGACAGCGAUGUCAGUGAUUUGGUGCGCAGCUCCCAGCAGUUGCUUAGGUCUGUUUCAAAUACGUUAAGUAACUUGCAAGCUGGAGUCCCAACACCGAAGAAGCUUAAGUCCGAUAUUUGUCGUAUUUGGAGUAAGCCCAUUCCAGAGCAAUGCUUGCGCCAGUGGGCCUGUGAACUCGCCAUUGCCAUACAUAGCCUGCAUGGAAAGGGCGUGAUACUGCGAGACCUGCAUAUGGCUAAUAUCCUUUUGGGCGCUAAGGGCCAGUUGCUACUGACUUACUUUUACCAAAAUGAAGGACUCAGCUCUGACGACAACUAUGUGCACAAGGCACUCAGCUUCGACGCGCUAGCCAAUCAUUUUGUGGCCCCAGAAAGACCUUUGAGUUUUCGGUCCGAUUGGUGGAGCUACGGCGUGGUUCUCUACCAGUUGCUAUUGGGAGUGCCUUAUAAAGCUACUCAUCCAGGUCAGCUGGAGCUUUAUGGAUGCGUUCAGUAUCCUGGUGAUUCCUUGGACAUCUCCGAAAAUGCAAGGAAUCUCUUGGAGAAAUUGUUGGAAAUAAAACCAGAGCUUCGCUUAGACUACGAUCAGUUACAAGCGCAUCCGUUUUUUAAGGGCAUUGAUUGGCAGGCGGUUUUGAAACAAGGAACAGCUUGACUGUUUUCGUGAGAGCCGUUACUUUCAUAAAAUUUUAUUUUUUAUAUUUUUGCCAAUACCCUACAACUGAGUUGCGAGCUUUGUAUAUUAUAUAUAUAUUAUAGUUAUAAUAUUUCUUAAAAAUCUUCAAAACCCUCGAAAUAUUCCCCACUGUUUCUCGAUGUUAAAGUGAAACACUUACGAUUCCCAUAUUUAUAUUAUAUGUUAUUCUGCUUUGUUUGUUUUUACAAUUUUUUAGUCAGUAAUUGGUACAAAAUAAGAUUUAUUCAUAUGUCUAUUAUAUACAUUGGCAAAAUGUCCUAGAGUAUGAUACAAUAACGUAAUUUAAACUAAUUUAAUUGUAGGUACAACAAAUUUUUUAACGAAUAUACAAAGUGGAUAGAUUAGUAUGUAAUAACUUUGUAAUGCCAAAUGAGCUAAUAUACAAUACAGCAAGUUUUAUUGUCUAAA